AUGGCUCUUAAAGUACAAAAGGACGCCAACGGCAACACUGUCUGCCGGAGGGAUGGCCAGGGACGCAAGAUCGCCUGUGCUAAAUGCAUAAAAGGACAUCGCACGUCCAUGUGUAAGCCCUCCCAUACUGAGGAUGUUCAGGUCAUUGAUAGCGUGGGACGCAAGCAAGGGACCAAGAACCGUCGCAGGAAUGGUCGCGCGGCUACGUAUAGGGCUGAGAGCCUCCUGCAACAGGCCAGUCAGCAGCCGUUGGGCUCAAAUGGCGGGAAUGGCAGUGCCAGCUUGCAAAGCAUCCCCCAGAUGCAAGCGGCCUUCCCGUCCGGGGAAAGUACUCCCCAGUACGCGCAGGGACUUCAGUUUCCCCCUCAGGUCCAGCCUCAACCCAACUGGGCUGCUCCUAUAGCGGGUACCCGGGUUCCAGUCCCACAGAUGCAGGCCAACCAGCCUGCUGGGUACUUAGGGGCGGCUCCUGCUCAGCAACAGCAGGGGGAGAUGGGUCAGCAACUUGCUGAAUUCGGCAUCUGGCAUGAUCCCAUGCACCAGAUGCAGGCCUACCAGCCUUUUGGCUACCCAGAGCCGAACUAUGAUCAGCUCAUACAGAUGCAGGAGCCUCAGCAAUUUGUCGACAUCCAGGGACGUGGCUUUAUGGCCGAAGGCCAAUGGGCACCGCAGCCUCUUGAUCAGAGGUCCGGUGCCACCAUGAACGGUGUCCCCUUACACCAGAACAUGGCUCAGAGCCAGCAUCCUGUCCCUGCCCAACCCCCAAUAGUGGAUUGGAACCUGGCAGACCCUGACCAGUUCAAUAAGAGGUUCCCCUUGACCCCAGGAACGCUGGCACGGGGUACGAGUGUGUUACAAGAGCCUCGACAAGAGAGGGGCCUUCAGUAG